UGAGCGAGCCGCCCCGGUUUCUUCGGAUAGUGCACGGAAAUGCGCGAGAACACACGACGAAAAACCAGGACGAAUCCUUAGUAAAGGCGGUAUUUAUGUAAAUCUUCCACCAAUCACGAGAAAGACAGAUUUUACAGUGGAAUCAGGGGAGGACAGAAAUGCAUUGCGAUAUGUGUUGCAUUUAUAAAUGCCACCUAAGCUACGUGCUUCCGAAUGAACACAUAAAAGUAAAUUCCAAUUCCUGAUCAUUAAAUGUAGCAAUGCUCCAUCAUUGAAUCAGAUUAUUAAUGGAAAUCAAUCAAUGUACAUGAAGCAGUAGUCACGUGCCGAUCUACCGUGUGUAUAUCUAUGAUCCGUACGAAACGGCGCGUGCCACGUAGACGUCGCUGUGGUUACUUGUAGUACGUGGUACUUGCAGCGUUUAUUUUAUCAGUGUGUUCCGUGUGCAGGUUACCCGGUGUGUUUAAACUGGUGUCUUCAGUACGCGCUCAGGUGCCAGCGUGCAGAAAUGUUACUCGCAUGUUGGACUUGGUUUUGCACGUCUCUGCUGUCCUAUGCCAGUGGAGCAAAACUCCCGGAUCCAGAGGUUGAAAUCGAAGUUCUGAGCAAACCUUUCAUCUGCCGCCGCAAGUCGAAAUACGGGGACAUCCUGCUGGUCCAUUACGCGGGCUUUCUGGAGAACGGCACCAUGUUCCACUCCAGCCGUCUCCAUGGAGAUAAGAACCCAAUAUGGUUCACGCUGGGGAUUCGUGAGGUGAUCCGGGGCUGGGACAAGGGUCUGCAGAACAUGUGUGCAGGAGAGCGCCGAAAACUCACUGUCCCGCCCAGUCUGGCCUACGGCAAGGAGGGGAAAGGGAAGAUUCCACCGGAGAGCACGCUGGUCUUUGAUAUCGAGGUGAAGGAGAUUCGCAACGGGCCCAGAUCACACGAGUCCUUCCAGGAGAUGGACCUGAACGAUGACUGGAGGCUCUCAAAACAAGAGGUAAAGGAGUACCUGAGGAAGGAGUUUGAGAGACAUGGCUACCCUCCCAAUGACACGCACCACGAGGUCAUGGCUGAAGACAUCUUCAAGAGGGAGGACAAAAACAAAGAUGGCUACAUCUCCGCUCGAGAGUUCACCUACAAACACGACGAGCUGUAGCUACACCUCCACCCGCGAAUUCACCUACAAACACGAUGAGCUGUAGCUACACCUCCACCCGCGAAUUCACCUACAAACACGACCAGCUGUAGCUACACCUCCACCCGCGAAUUCACCUACAAACACGACCAGCUGUAGCUACACCUCCACCCGCGAAUUCACCUACAAACAUGACCAGCUGUAGCUACACCUCCACCCGUGAAUUCACCUACAAACACGACCAGCUGUAGCUACACCUCCACCCGCGAAUUCACCUACAAACACGACCAGCUGUAGCUACACCUCCACCCGCGAAUUCACCUACAAACACGACCAGCUGUAGCUCCAUUCACCCGCGAAUUCACCUACCAACACGACCAGCUGUAGCUACACCUCCACCCGCGAAUUCACCUACAAACACGACGAGCUGUAGCUCCAUUCACCCGAGAGUUCACCUACAAACGCACACCUCUAACUGCUUUAUAUUUCUACAGAUUCUCCAACCACUUGUCCUAGAUUUAAUGUUUCCUUACAGCUUUUGAGUUGAUUUUCAGUGGAUGCACACAGACUCACACAGACAUGCACAGAUGCACAGAUGCUGUGAGUGCAUGUGAGCACGGUAAGGUUUCCCUUUGAACAGUUUUUCACCCAAAGUGGCUGUUGACUCCAUGUCGGCAAUAACAAGUAGUGCUUUUAGUCACUCGUGUAUUUUAUACUUGCCUCCUGUUUUCUGGGUGGUUUUUGUGAAAUGCUGACACUGUACUCGACUGUACACUCGGUGAGCAGCUGAAGCAGGAAUUCCAAAAGGGUUUGCCAUGUGUGCUUUGCCUCAGGACUUAGUUAAACCAUUCAGUUUAACGAGCUAGAAUCCUGCCCAGCAGUGGUGAGAAAAGUAGUAUAAUAUCACUAAUCUAGAACGUCUCCGUCAGUGAGUCGUGUCCUGUGUGUCUGUAUUGUACUGUAUUUUUAUACAAAGGCCUUUUUGGGGGAAAAAAUAAAUAGCGUGACUCAUUCUU